AUGUAUAUGGUAUUCCAAGGCGUUGCGCCAAUGGUGUGGGGCCCCGUCUCAGACCACGUCGGCCGACGACCGAUAUCUGCAGCGUGUCUCCUUAUUUUGUCUCUAUCCUGCAUCGGACUUGCCCUCGUUCCCACAUCCGACUUCUGGCUAUUAAUGCUACUCCGCUGCAUACAAGCCUCCGGUUCGGCAAGCACUAUUGCUAUCGGCGCUGGUGUAAUUGGAGAUGUCUCUACUCGGGCAGAACGAGGAGGUUUUUUCGGAGUUUUCACUAUCGGACCUAUGGUCGGGCCUGCUAUAGGACCCGUAAUCGGUGGUGUGCUCACAGAACACCUUGGUUGGAGAUCAAUAUUCUGGUUCUUGACUAUCGCAGCCUCAAUGUGUUUUAUCAUCAUUAUUUUAUUCCAACCCGAGACGCUUCGCACUCGCGUCGACAGUGGACGUGAUAAGGCGCCCAUCAUCUAUAGGCCGGUUAUUCCGAUUAUCGGACGCAAAGCGCAGCCCACUCGGCCGGCGGCUGCAAAAGCAAAGGUCCCGCGCAAUCCAUUUCGCCUCUUCCUGAAUCCCGACGUCGACGUACUCUUGGUGAUCAGUGCCCUCGGCUGCACCGUUUUCUAUGGCGUAAUCGCGACAAUAUCCUCGUUAUUUGCCACGAUCUACCCAGAGUUGAACGAGACGACAGUUGGCCUUUGUUUCCUCGCCAUUGGCGGUGGUAUGAUCAUCGGAAGCUGGGCCAACGGACGCCUUCUCGACUACGAGUAUACCAAAUUCAAGAAACUGGCAGAAGUACCAUUCGAGGGAUCGCCAAACACGGCCGAUAUAACGAAGGAGGAAAGCUUCCCACUUGAGAAGGCUCGCCUCAGAUGGAUGCCCUACUACAUAUUGAUAAUGGGUGCGGCCUGCGCUGGCUAUGGCUGGGCACUCGAGCGGAGAGUAUCUCUUGCCGUCCCGCUCGUGUUACAAUUUCUUAUUGGAUCUGUUAGCAUCGCGAUCAUGAACGAUGCUUCGACGUUGAUGAUCGACCUGGUGCCGGGGCAAAGCUCGUCUGUUACAGCCUGCAAUAACCUCAUUCGUUGCACGUUGAGUGCCGUCCUUGUCUCUGUCAUCGAGCUCAUCAUCAAGGGGAUUGGCAUUGGAUGGACUUAUGUCCUCCAUUGCGGUAUCUCACUGUUGGCUUUGCCUUUGAUAUACGUGGCCAUCCGCAUCGGCCCUCGAUACCGCAUUAAGAGACAGCGCCUUAGAGAAGAAGAGUUGGCGCGGAUUGUGGAGAAGUAA